AUGGGAGCACAGGUGCUUGUUAACAUAGCAUCCACUGCAAGCGGUUUGGUUAUCAUAACAUCGCUAAUCAUUGUCGGCAUCUUAUUCCAGGAUAUUAAUAGCUUUUACUAUGAAGUAUUGGAUGAUAUGGAUGAGUUUAAGACGUUAGCAAAUGAUGCGUGGGAUGAGAUGAUGAGUGUUCAUGGGAAUUAUAAGGCAGGUGACACCAACAAAGAAUCACUUACGUUUUUAUUAGGUUUAAAAUCACGUCAAAAACGUCGUGCUAUUUGUGCGUGUGCGCUUCAAGCUAUAAAUUGCCCAGCAGGACCACCCGGACCACCAGGAGAUGAUGGUCUAGCGGGAGAACCAGGUGAACGCGGUUUAGAUGGCAGACCAGGACCAAAUGGUAUUGCUGUAUCAACAGGUAGCAAUACACGCGGAGGUUGCAUUGCUUGUCCACCUGGACUACCUGGACCUCCAGGUCCAAUAGGACAGGCUGGACCACCAGGUCCAGCUGGAAUGCCAGGCAAACCUAGCACUGGCGGCGGUAUGGGACAGCCAGGACCACCAGGAGAACCCGGAGAUAUCGGAAAAGCAGGUCCACCAGGAAGAGAAGGAUUACCUGGAGCACCGGGAGUACCAGGAGUUCAAGGACGCGGUAAUCCAGGACAAAAAGGAGCACCAGGUCCAAUUGGUCCAGUAGGAAAUGCUGGUGCGCCUGGUGAAGCUGCCCUACCUGGUCCAAUAGGUCCACCCGGACCUCCAGGACCAGGUGGACAACCAGGGACUGCUGGAACACCUGGCCAGCCUGGCGAGCCUGGAGCACCUGGCGUACCUGGUGGAGAUGCAGCAUACUGCCCUUGCCCACCACGUUCCGCCAAAACAGCAGCUGUUCAUAAAAUUGAACCAUCCUAUCGGAAAUAUGAUGAUGGGAGUAUCACCUUUAUUCGACGACAUCAUCAUACUCGGAAGUCCAGAAAGUUACUUAACCAAGCACACUAA